ACAGAACACAUACACAAACAUCCGGUUGGACUAUUGAUGAAUCCGAUAUAACUUGUAAACCGUACUUCACAUUAAUUUACUAUGGCUCUAAAUCACAAGAAAAUGUUCAUAUUGAUUAUGUUGAUUAUAAUUCCCCUUAUGGCGUUCACCAUGUACUUCACCGAUAGUAAAAAUAUACAAUGGUUAAAAGCAAAUAAUGAAUCCAAGUUUCUAAAUUCCCGAAACAUAAACUUAACGCAAGUACUAGAAGAGAAGGUUACGGGUCCCACAAUGAAAACCCGAUCGAUUGAAACUACAGCAAACAUGACAAGAGUCAGUCCCACAUUAAUACCAUGUACGAAGGGAUAUACUCACAGAGCUAUUAAACGGCUUGUACCAACAUUCGACCCCGAUUUACCUUUAUUCUUAAAUCGUGAUUUUAGAAAAUGGAAAGAUUUCGAUAGAUUAAAGGAAACGACAGAGCCUUACGGUUUUAAAUAUCACGUAUCAUUCGUAGAAAAAUUGAUGCAGGCAUUACCGGGUAAUACACCGAAUAUUAUGGGGAAUGAUAUGAAAUGCAGACGUUGUGUCAUAAUAGCUAGCUCAGGUGGCAGCAUCGGCAAACAUUUGGGUUCUCUCAUUGAUCGCUAUGACGUUGUUAUACGAAUGAACGACGCACCGGUGAGAAAUUAUGAAAGGGACGUUGGUUCAAUUACAGCAUUUAGAAUGUUAUACCCAGAGAGCGCAACAGCGAAGAGAAUUGAUAUCAGCGAUGCCUAUAUUGUGUUCUUACCAUACAAAUUAAGCGACUAUCAGUGGCUGUACGACGUGAUAAAAGGGAAAAAUCCAUUAAAAAGAAUUGGUGCGCAUUUUUGGAAGUCGGUUCCUAAAAUGUUUGAUAAGAAUGUUAACAAAAUACGAAUUCUCAAUCCAUAUAUUCACGAAGAAGCUAAAGUAUACCAUUUGAAGAAUAAUAAUAGACCAUCGUGUGGGAUUGUGGGAAUCGUUAUGGCGCUGCACUACUGCGAUCACGUGGACAUAACGGGAUUCAGUGCAUAUGAUGACGAUCCCAAUAUUCCCAUCCAUUACUACGAUCCGGAAUUGAAAAAACCUAGAAAUACUGUUCAUGAUUGGACGUCUGAGCAGAGAUACCUUAAUAAACUGCUGAAAUGUGGUGUCAUUGAGAGAGAUUUGACAACAACUGAUAGGACAAACAUCACUUACGAUCCUGAAUUAUGUCAGAGUUGAUAGACAAAUAUACUGGGGCGAUAAAUAUGUUCUAAACGUGUAUAUUAUGCGAGGUCUCAGAAACCCCAACGGUAACUUUGUGUAAUUAUUACGUGGUCCGACUGCGAG